AUGGAAGAGGAGGAGGAGGAAGGGAAGGGUGUGUUUGUGUUCCUUCAGCAUUUGUUCCUGAGUGGGACACAACUGCAUCCACAACAGGGAGUCCCGCUGAGAGAAAGUGUUCACAACCACCUUCUCAGCGGAGGCCGGGGCCAGGGCAGCUACAGGGGCAUGGGAGACGAGCCACCGCUGCGGCUCAGAGGCGGCUCGUGCCAAGUCCGAUUGUAUGAGGCCAGCUCUCUGAUAUUUGAUGGGACUGUGGUCCACUCCCGAGACGCCCUCACAGAGAAGUACACAGAUGUGGACACGGUGCCAUCCAAUGCGAGCCACCACCAAACGACCUACUCGUCACCGCGACUCCAACGUCUCAGGACCCUCCUCUCGGACAGACCGCUCGGAAGCAGUUUGCGAUGA